AUGAAAGAACAAGAUGAAAUUCAGAAGGCUCAUUGGAACUCAAAACCAUUGAGUAUAUUUACUGCUUAUGUUUGGUCAAAAAAUGAAAAUUUUGCUUUUGCUUUACCAUCAUCGGAUAUAACACAUGAUAAGUUUGUUGUUGAUGCAGCUUUGGAAAUCAUUUUGAAUCAUAUUGUAACAAUUCUUCCAAAUAUUAAAGUAGUAGAUUGUUUUUCUGAUGGUGCUGCUUCACAGUUUAAACAACGUUUUCAUUUUCGUAAUUUAGUACAGAUAGCUAAUGAACAUAAUAUUGAUUUGAGUUGGCACUUUUUUGCAACUUCUCAUGGAAAAGGUGUGGUUGAUGGUAUCGGAGGAACUGUAAAACGUCUUGUCUGGUCAGCUAUAUUAGCAGGAGAAGUAUGUCGAUCAGCCGAAGAUUUUAUUAAAAUUGCAAAGAAAAAAACUAAGAAAGUAAUUCUCAUUGAAAUCACGAAAAACAAUAUUGAUACCUCAAAAAAUAAACUUGAAAGUAUUUUCAAAACAGCAAAAAGUAUUCCAGAAACACUCAAAAUGCAUUCAGUUAAAGUAGUUGAUAAUAAUACAUUAGAAUUUCGUUAUUAUUCUUCAUGUUUUCAAAAAAAAACUGUAAAAUAUUGA